AUGUCCAGUCUGGAUGGGGCACCUCCAACACUGACGCGGCGCCCAUCGAGAAGCGCCGCCACGACGUUCUCCACGGAAGUUUUUGACAACGAAGUCGUUCCGUCCUCUCUCGCCUCCAUCUCGCCGAUUCUCCGAGUCGCCAAUGAGAUCGAAAGCGAACGCCCUAGGGUUGCGUAUCUAUGUCGGUUCUAUGCUUUCGAGAAGGCGCACCGGUUGGAUCAGAGCUCCAGCGGACGUGGUGUGAGGCAGUUUAAGACGCUGUUGCUGCAGCGAUUGGAGAGGGACAAUGGAUACAGUCUUAUCGCGCGUGUUAAGAAAACAGAUGCAAGGGAAAUCCAGGCUUAUUAUCAGCAAUACUAUGAGCAUUAUGUCAGAGCCCUUGACCAAGGAGAGCGGGCAGACAGAGCACAGCUUGGGAAAGCUUACCAGACCGCCGGGGUGCUUUUUGAAGUGCUUUGUGCCGUUAACAAAACUGAGAAGGUCGAAGAAGUAGCUCCUGAGAUCAUUGCGGCUGCUAGAGAUGUCCAGGAAAAGACGGAGAUAUAUGCACCUUUCAACAUUCUUCCGUUGGAUUCAGCUGGGGCUUCUCAGCCUAUUAUGCUGCUUGAAGAGAUUAAGGCAGCUGUUUCUGCGUUCCGGAAUACUCGUGGCCUGACUUGGCCAAGUUUAUUUGAGCAACAAAGGCAGAGAACGGGAGAUUUGGAUCUGCUUGAUUGGCUUAGAGCCAUGGACAACGUCAGGAACCAGAGAGAGCAUUUGAUCCUACUUCUUGCUAACUCUCACAUAAGGCUGAACCCCAAACCUGAGCCUCUUAACAAGCUUGAUGAUCGCGCCAUUGAUUCAGUGAUGAAUAAGCUGUUUAAGAAUUAUAAAACGUGGUGCAAAUUUUUGGGACGAAAGCAUAGUUUACGAUUCCCUCAAGGUCAUCAAGAGAUACAGCAAAGGAAGUUACUUUAUAUGGGCUUAUAUCUUCUCAUAUGGGGUGAAGCAUCCAAUGUUCGCUUCAUGCCAGAGUGUCUCUGCUACAUAUUUCAUAAUAUGGCAUAUGAACUUCAUGGUUUAUUGGCUGGAAAUGUCAGCAUUGUUACUGGUGAAAACAUCAAACCUUCUUAUGGUGGUGAUGACGAGGCAUUCUUGCGCAAGGUUAUAACUCCUAUAUACCGAGUAAUAGAAAAGGAAGCCAAGAAGAGCAGACAUGGAGCAGCUCCUCACUCAGCCUGGUGCAACUAUGAUGAUCUAAAUGAGUAUUUCUGGUCACCUGAUUGCUUUUCUCUUGGAUGGCCCAUGCGUGAUGAUGGUGAUUUUUUUAUAUCAACAUUUAAUAUGACACAGGGAAGAAAGGGUGCUCAGAAAAAAUCUGGAAGAACUGGAAAAUCAAAUUUUGCCGAGACCCGAUCAUUUUGGAACAUCUUUCGCAGUUUUGAUCGUCUAUGGACCUUCUAUCUGCUAGCUUUGCAGGUGAUGUUCAUUAUUGCCUGGGAAGGAAUUUCGUUGUUGGAUAUCUUUCAGAAAAAGGUCUUAUAUAAUCUCUCUAGCAUAUUCAUUACGGCAGCCAUUCUGCGCUUACUUCAAAGUAUCUUGGACCUGGCUUUGAACUUUCCAGGCUAUCAUCGUUGGAGAUUCACUGAUGUCCUACGAAAUUUUCUCAAAGUCGUUGUUAGUCUUUUUUGGGUUAUUGCUCUUCCACUCUUCUAUGUGCAUUCCUUCAACGAUGCACCCAACUUUAUGAAGGAUCUGCUUUCCUUUCUUCAUCGUAUAAAGGGGAUUCCACCAUUGUAUAUGUUUGCAGUUGCAGUUUAUCUGCUUCCAAAUUUACUAGCAGCUGUUCUCUUUCUUUUCCCAAUGCUUAGGCGUUGGAUUGAAAACUCAGACUGGCACGUAGUUAGAUUUUUCUUAUGGUGGUCACAGAUUAAACCUCUGAUUCAGCCAACUAAGGACAUAAUGAGUAUUCGGCAUGUUGAUUUUGCUUGGCAUGAAAUUUUCCCCAAAGCUCAAAAUAACUAUGGUGCAGUUAUUGCACUCUGGGCCCCUGUACUUAUGGUUUAUUUCAUGGACACUCAAAUUUGGUAUUCCAUCUUUUCGACUAUUUGCGGUGGUGUUAUUGGAGCCUUUGAUCGUCUAGGAGAGAGUGUGAGCCUCGCUAAGAUGCCAGCUCUCAGAGGUAAUCGAAUACGCACUCUGACCAUGCUAAGGUCGCGUUUCCAAUCAUUGCCUGGUGCAUUCAACACAUACUUGGUUCCUACUGACAAGAAGCAGAAGAAGAAAUUUUCUUUCUCGAAGCGAUUUGCCGAGAUUUCUGCAAGCAGAAGGAGUGAAGCUGCUAAAUUUGCUCAAUUAUGGAAUGAAGUUAUUUGCAGUUUCCGGGAGGAAGAUAUCAUAAGUGAUAGGAAAGGCCAUAAAACCAAACUCUUCAAUUACUUGGAGAUGGAUCUUUUGAUGGUUCCAUACUCAUCAGAUCCUAGCUUGAAAACAAUUCAAUGGCCACCAUUUCUGCUUGCAAGCAAGAUUCCUAUAGCACUGGACAUGGCAGCUCAGUUCAGAGGAAAGGACUUUGAUCUAUGGAAGCGCAUAUGUGCAGAUGAAUAUAUGAAGUGUGCAGUGAUUGAAUGCUACGAAUCAUUUAAAAACAUCCUGCAUGCUUUGAUAGUUGGAGAAGCUGAAAAAAGAACAAUCUCUAUCAUCAUUAAGGAAGUUGAAAACAGCAUCUCUAAGAAUACACUUCUUUCAAAUUUCCGAAUGGGGUUUUUGCCUUCCCUUUGUAAGAAGUUUGUGGAGCUUGUGGAAAUCUUGAAAGAUGCAAAUUCAUCCAAGCAAGGUACAGUGGUGGUCUUGUUGCAAGAUAUGUUAGAAGUGUUUACACGUGAUAUGGUGGUAAAUGAGAUCAGUGAAUUGGCAGAACUUAAUCAUAGUAGCAAGGAUACUGGAAGGCAACUUUUUGCUGGUACAGAUGCAAAACCAGCUGUACUAUUUCCUCCUGUGGUUACAGCCCAAUGGGAUGAACAGAUUAGACGUCUUUAUUUACUUUUGACGGUUAAGGAAUCUGCCAUUGAGGUGCCAACAAACCUUGAGGCACGGAGAAGGAUUGCAUUCUUUACUAAUUCAUUGUUCAUGGAUAUGCCACGUGCUCCACGAGUUCGUAAAAUGCUGCCAUUCAGUGUCCUAACUCCAUACUACAGUGAAGAGACUGUCUACUCGAAGAAUGACCUUGAGGUUGAAAAUGAAGAUGGUGUCUCAAUCAUAUAUUACCUGCAAAAGAUCUACCCUGAUGAGUGGAAUAACUUGAUGGAACGGCUUGGUUGUAAGAAAGAUAGCGAGAUAUGGGAGAAAGAUGAACACAUAUUACAGCUACGUUACUGGGCCUCGUUACGAGGGCAAACUCUUUGUAGGACAGUUAGGGGAAUGAUGUACUACCGGCGGGCUAUUAAGCUGCAGGCUUUUCUUGAUAUGGCAAAUGAAGAGGAGAUACUCUAUGGCUAUAAAGCUGUUAGUGUCCCGUCUGAGGAAGACAAAAAGAGCCAUAGAUCCUUAUAUGCUAGUUUAGAGGCCGUUGCUGACAUGAAAUUCACGUACGUGGCUACCUGUCAGAACUAUGGGAAUCAGAAGCGUAGUGGAGAUCGUCGUGCGACAGACAUUCUGAAUUUGAUGGUUAACAAUCCCUCCCUUCGUGUGGCUUAUAUUGAUGAAGUUGAAGAAAGAGAAGGAGGAAAAGUUCAGAAAGUUUAUUACUCUGUACUAGUCAAAGCUGUGGACAAUCUUGACCAGGAAAUAUUUCGAAUAAAACUGCCGGGUCCAGCAAAGAUAGGAGAAGGGAAGCCUGAAAAUCAAAAUCAUGCCAUCGUUUUUACAAGAGGCGAAGCUCUUCAGACUAUUGACAUGAACCAGGAUAAUUACUUGGAAGAAGCUUUAAAAAUGCGCAAUCUUUUGGAAGAGUUUACUGAGGAUCAUGGAGUGCGCCGACCUACAAUAUUAGGUGUUCGUGAACACAUCUUUACUGGCAGUGUAUCUUCCUUGGCUUGGUUUAUGUCAAAUCAAGAAACAAGCUUUGUCACAAUUGGUCAAAGAGUUCUUGCAAGACCACUGAAGGUGCGAUUCCACUAUGGUCAUCCAGAUGUUUUUGAUAGAAUUUUCCACAUAACUCGAGGAGGAAUUAGCAAGGCUUCUUGUGGCAUCAAUCUGAGCGAGGAUAUUUUUGCUGGAUUCAACUCCAUUCUAAGACGCGGAAAUAUCACUCAUCAUGAAUAUAUCCAAUGCGGAAAGGGUAGAGAUGUUGGGCUCAAUCAAAUCUCACUUUUUGAAGCAAAAGUGGCUUGUGGCAACGGAGAGCAGACAUUAAGCAGAGAUAUCUACAGGCUGGGGCAUCGUUUUGACUUUUUCCGCAUGCUAUCAUUCUAUUUCACGACCAUUGGAUUUUAUAUAAGCUCAAUGAUCGUGGUCCUCACAUGUUAUGCAUUCCUAUAUGGCAAACUAUACCUGUCUUUGAGUGGAUUUGAGGCUGCAAUAGUAAAGUUGGCUAAGAGAGAGGGAGAAGAAUCACUAAAAUCAGCAUUAGCUUCGCAAUCCCUUGUUCAAAUAGGACUUGUAAUGACUUUGCCCAUGUUCAUGGAAAUUGGACUAGAGAGAGGGUUCAGAACUGCUGUAGGGGAGCUCAUAAUAAUGCAGUUGCAGCUAGCACCUGUUUUCUUCACUUUCUCCCUAGGGACAAAGCUACACUAUUAUGGGCGUACUCUUUUGCAUGGAGGGGCUAAGUACAGAGCAACCGGCCGUGGUUUUGUUGUUCGACAUGAGAAGUUUGCUGAAAAUUACAGGAUGUACUCUAGAAGUCACUUUGUUAAAGGAAUUGAGCUCGCAAUUUUGCUCAUAUGUUAUAAGAUUUAUGGAUCAGCAGCUCCGGAUUCAACAUCAUAUGGGCUUCUCUCGUGGUCAAUGUGGUUUUUGGUCUGUUCAUUUUUGUUUUCUCCUUUCCUUUUUAAUCCAUCAGGGUUUGAAUGGCAGAAGAUAGUUGAGGACUGGGAUGAUUGGCAAAAGUGGAUAAGUAUUCGAGGUGGCAUUGGUGUUCCUUCAAACAAGAGUUGGGAAUCAUGGUGGAAUGAAGAACAAGAACAUCUGCAGCACACUGGGUGUCUGGGGCGGAUAUGUGAGAUUAUUCUUGACCUGCGUUUCUUUGUCUAUCAGUAUGGAAUUGUGUAUCAUCUCAAUGUAGCCAGAGGUGACAAGAGCAUCUUGGUUUAUGCUUUGUCCUGGAUAGUGAUGGUAGCUCUCAUGGUUAUCCUUAAGAUUGUGUCCAUGGGUAGAAAGCAGUUCAGCGCAGACUUCCAGUUGAUGUUUCGUCUUGUCAAAUUGUUUCUGUUCAUUGGAGCCAUUGUUGCUCUAUGUCUAAUGUUUACUCUUCUGAGUCUCACAGUUGGAGACAUCUUUGCCAGCCUCCUAGCCUUUUUGCCAACAGCAUGGGCACUUAUUCAGAUAGCACAAGCAUGCAGGCCAUUCGUGAAGGGCAUUGGAAUGUGGGGGUCUGUCAAAUCUUUAGCAAGAGGCUACGAAUACUUGAUGGGAGUGGUUAUUUUUGCACCAGUGGCCAUAUUGGCUUGGUUCCCAUUUGUUUCAGAAUUCCAAACUAGGCUGCUGUUCAACCAAGCAUUCAGCCGAGGGCUUCAAAUCCAGCGAAUUCUGGCUGGCGGCAAGAAGAAUAAGUAG